UACGAAAACAGCAGAUUAACAUGGCUAGUGAAAAGGAAGUAUCAAUUGCUGGAAAUGUGUUUGAUUGUCCAAUUUGUUUGGAACAGAUGAAAACACCAAAAUACCUUCCAUGCUUGCACACUUUUUGUGAGGUUUGUUUGAAUGCGUACAUCGAAACCUCGAUGGAAUCAACAAUCAACGCCUCCAAAAUUGAUUUUGCGUGUCCGAUAUGUCGGAAAAGAGUAAAUCCUCCAAAUCAAGAUUUACCUAUGAAAGACUGGACAAAGAAUUUUCCUGAUAACUAUUUACUUUUAACUUUGAUGGAGAAAUCUGGCGACCACAGUGAAAACUGUGGAGCGUGUUGGCGUCAAAACAGAACAAGUAAGUCAUCGUUUUGGUGCGUCAGUUGUGCGCAUCCUGUCUGUGCUGAUUGCAAAAAUGUCCAUCUUAUGUUUAAUGCAAUAAAGAAUCACAGAAUUAUCACACUUGAAGAGUUUAGAAAUCAAGACAUUUUCCCUGAAAUUGAAUACUAUUGUGAUCAAUACAGUGGUAAAACAGUAGAAGUUUUCUGCGUUGAUCACACCAAACUUUGUUGCAGUGUUUGUUUUGCAACCAAGCAUCGUUCUUGUGUUGAUGUCAAAUCAUUAGAAGACAUUUCGGAAACGCGGAAUUCCAAGGAAGAUGAUAUGCUGUUAGAGCAGCUUCGUGAACUUAUUCAAGACACAAAUGAAAUGGAAAAGGAAUUUCAAAAGUUGAAACAGAAUCUUAAGCAAGAGAGUGAAGCAACUGUAGAGAAAGUAACACAAGAGGUGGAAAAGACGAAAAAUCUCCUCGCCAGGAAACUGGAUGAAUUUGUCCGUUCCCAUAAAAAGGAGGCACAAGAGAAAAUGAAUGAUUUAGAAAAAAUAGAAAAAGCAGUUGACGGGUUUAAGAAGAGUGCAAAAGAGUCUUUCAAAAUCUUAUCUGCUGUUAUGGAGGGAAGCUCACAAAAACAACGCUUCCUUGUGUCUCAUCAAAUAACACAGCUAUCUCAUCAAACACUUCAGACGAUCCUGGAGUUACCAUCUGAUGUGGUUGCAGGUUACACAUAUUCUACAGACGAGAUUUGUCAGGAUGUUGAAAAGGCAUUUUACCUUCAAUGGAAUUAA